GGCUGUCUGCCUAGUUUACCCAGUUGUCUCACUUUUUCGGGUCCAAUAUGGCGGCUUUGGGCGGUCGCUGAGGUGCUGGUACGGUGGCAGUUGAGGCCGCGUUUGUUGGCUCUAGAGGGGGGAGGCGGAUCUUGUGUUCAUUGGCGCGGAUUCGGCUCCGGCACGGAGGGAGACGAGGAGAGAAGAAAAGAGCGGGCCAAGGCGGGUAGGCCUUCUGGGAGGUCCUCCGCUAGAGCUUGGUGUGUUGGGCCGCUCUGUCGGUCGGGGAGAUGGCCCAGCGAGUGCAGUCGGUGCAGGAGUUCCUCCAGGACUCGUUUGUGCCGUUAGUGGCCGCGUUGUGUAGUGAGGAGGCAGAAAGAAUCACCCGCAAGAACAACCUGGGCUUCUGCGAGCUGGUAAAGCCCUUUUGUCGCCUCACUUCGGAAGUGCACAUGAGAGACCCUAACAAUCAACUUCACGUAAUCAAAAACUUAAAAAUCGCUGUCAACAACAUUAGUACUCAGCCACCACAGCCUGGAACUGUUCGAAAACUUCUGAAUGAUGUGGUGACUCUUAGUCAGCCUGCUGAAGGAUUAUUAGCUAAUGUGAUUACUGCAGGAGAUUAUGAUCUCAACAUUAGUGAUCACUCAGUUAAAGCUAGUGUUCCUUGGUACAGUAGUUGGAAAGACACACUGAUGGGACUGAACACAUCCACAUUUUAUUCAGCCACCACCCCAUGGUUUGAAGCUUAUCGAGAGAGCUUUCUUCAGUCUAUGCCAGCAUCAGACCAUGAAUUCCUAAACCACUAUGUAGCCUGUAUGCUUGUGGUAUCAUCUAGUGAAUCUGAACCUGGGGAACAGUUUCUAAAGCUAUCACAAGAGCAACAUCGGAUUCAACAUAGUAAUGAAUAUUCUUAUCCAAAGUGGUUUAUUCCAAACACACUGAAAUAUUAUGUGCUGUUGCAUGAUGUGAGUAUAGGAGAGGAACAAAGAGCUGAUUCAAUAUAUGAAGAAAUGAAGCAGAGGUAUGGGACUCAGGGGUGCUACUUGCUUAAGAUAAAUUCUCGUGUGUCUAAUCGAGGAACAGAUGAACAGAUUCCUGAUCCCUGGAGCCAGUACCUUCAGAAAAACAAUAUCCAAACACAGGAACUUUAUGAAGAUGGCACAUAUGCAGUAAUUUCAAAUAAGAAUUCUGAUCACUUCAUACCUCUGGAUGGGCUAGAUAAUGAUUCAAAAGAUGGUUUAGCAAAUAACUUUAAGACUCACCCACUUCAGUUGGAUCAUGCUAGUGAUGGUAGUUAUUUCGAUGGCACAGAUUACGCAAAACCAAAUUCAUCUAUGCACGAAUCAAAGAAGUCAAAUAUAUGGACACCUCAUGGCACUUGUUUGACACUCACAGAUCAUGAUCGUAUUCGGCAAUUCAUACAAGAAUUCACUUUUAGGGGACUUUUGCCACAUAUAGAGAAAACUAUCAGGCAACUUAAUGAUCAGUUAAUAUCCAGGAAAGGCUUGAGUCGAUCUUUAUUUUCUGCAACCAAAAAAUGGUUUACUGGCAGCAAAGUUCCAGAGAAAAGUGUGAAUGAACUGAAAAGCACAUCGGGUUUGUUGUAUUCUCCAGAAGCACCAGAACUUCAAAUCAGGAAAAUGGCAGAUUUGUGUUUUUUGGUGCAGCACUAUGAACUGGCAUAUAGUUGCUAUCAUACAGCAAAGAAAGACUUUUUGAAUGAUCAAGCAAUGCUGUAUGCAGCAGGAGCACUGGAAAUGGCAGCGGUAUCUGCUUUUCUUCAGCCAGGAGCACCAAGACCAUAUCCUGCUCAUUACAUGGAUACUGCAAUUCAGACCUAUAGAGAUAUCUGCAAGAAUAUGAUGCUGGCAGAGAGAUGUGUGCUCCUUAGUGCUGAAAUACUAAAAAGCCAAACCAAAUACUCAGAGGCAGCUGCUCUCCUUAUUCGUUUAACCAGUGAGGAUUCAGAUCUUCGGAGUGCACUGCUGCUGGAGCAAGCUGCACAUUGUUUUAUAAACAUGAAAAAUCCUAUGGUUAGAAAAUUUGCCUUUCAUAUGAUACUGGCUGGACAUAGGUAUAGUAAAGCAGGACAGAAGAAACAUGCUCUACGAUGCUACUGCCAAGCAAUGCAAGUUUAUAAAGGGAAAGGGUGGUCCCUUGCUGAAGACCAUAUCAACUUCACAAUUGGCCGUCAGUCUUUUACCCUUCGGCAACUUGACAACGCUGUAUCGGCUUUCAGGCAUAUUUUGAUCAAUGAUAGCAAGCAAACUGCUGCCCAGCAAGGAGCCUUCCUCCGAGAGUAUCUUUAUAUUUAUAAGAAUGUAAGUCAGUUGUCACCUGAUGGUCCUCUACCACAGCUUCCUUUACCCUAUAUUAAUAGUUCUGAAACACGUGUAUUCUUUGGACAUGACAGACGACCAGCAGAAGGUGAAAAACAGGCAGCAACACAUAUAAGCCUUGAUCAGGAAUAUGUAUUGGAAUUUUCACAACAGUGGAAGGAACUUGAAGAGCAAGUUGUGUCUACAGUUAACAGAGGCACAACACUUCCUAAUUUCCAGCCAACGCAGUAUUGUUUGAACAGAUAUUCGGAUAACUCUAGGUUUCCACUUGCUGUAGUAAAAGAACCAAUAACAGUAGAAGUAGCUUUUAGAAAUCCACUGAAAGUUCCACUUUUGUUAAGUGAUCUGUCACUACUUUGGAAAUUCCAACCAAAGGAUUUCAAUUUGAAGAAUAAUGGAGAAACAAAGGAAUUUGAAACAUGUGGAAAAGAUAUGAUUGGGGCUGAAGUGAUAUCAGAAUUUUUGAUUAACAGUGAAGAAACUAAAAUGGCAAGACUAAAGCUCUUUCCCCAUCAAACAGGGGAGCUACACAUUCUGGGAGUCGUUUACAAUCUUGGCACUAUGCAGGGUACUACGGUGCUAGAUGGAUUAGACUCUUCUGUUGGAUUACUGAGAGAGAAAUAUAAUUCUAAUGAAAUGUCAGUGCGAGGACGGCAAGAUUUGGAAAUCCAGGGCCCUCGCUUAAAUAACACCAAAGAAGAGAAAACAUCUGUUAAAUAUGGACCAGAUCGACGUUUAGAUCCUAUUAUUACAGAAGAGAUGCCUUUGCUUGAGGUAUUUUUUAUAAAUUUUCCGACACUGCUGCUUUGUGGAGAAAUACGAAAGACAUAUGUGGAAUUCAUGAAUGUAAGCAAGUGUCCCCUAACUGGAGUGAAAGUUGUCUCUAAACAGCCAGAGUUCUUUACUUUUGGUAGUAAAGAUGCUGUUUUAACUCCACUAAGCCCAACAACAUCUGAACAUUGCAGCGCUUAUAAGACUGUUGUUACACAUUCUACCUCAGUAUGUUCACUGAUAUCCUCAGCUGUUGCUUCGGACUUUGGGGUUGGAACAGGAAGUCAUCCUGAAAUAAUAGAUGUCCCACUUCCUGACUCUGUUCUCCUCCCUGGAGUAUCAGUACAGCUUCCCAUGUGGCUACGUGGGCCAGAUGAAGAAGGAGUUCAUGAAAUAAAUUUCUUGUUUUACUAUGAAAGUAUUAAAAAGCAUUCAAAAAUGUGUCACAGAGUAUUGAGACACACUGCAGUUAUUUGCACCAGCCGAUCUUUGACUGUGCGAGCUACUAUGUAUCGAAGCAAUGCUCUUGAGGAUGAAAAAGGUGAAGGUGACAAUAUGCUAGUGUUUGUGGAUGUGGAAAAUAUCAAUACUAGUGAAGCUGGUGUAAAAGAAUUUCAUAUAGUCCAAGUGUCUAGUAACAGCAGGAACUGGAAGUUACAGAAAUCCAUAAAUGUCUCUGAAGACAAAGAUAUUAAACUGGCUAAUAGAGAAAAAGGAAAAGUGUGCUUAAAAGCAGUCAGAUGCAAACAAUCAGUAGAAAAUUAUACUUUUGCAGAUGUUGUUUUCGGAAAUGAACAGAUAAUCAGUUCAACCAGUCCGUGUGCUGACUUCUUUUUCCAAAGUUUAUAUUCCAACUUAAAAAGAAUACAGACUCAACACAGCACUUUGCAAGGAUCUUGUGACAGUGCUGUCAGACAAAUACAGAAAUGUAGUGAAGUCGAUUUGAAUAUUAUUGUACUUUGGAAGGCAUAUGUUGUAGAAGAUAACAAGCAACUCAUUUUGGAAGGUCAGCAUCAUGUCUUACUUCAUGCAGUGGGGAAAGAUGCAUUUUCUUUACCUCAAAAGCAGGGCUUUAAAAAAAUACUUGGGAAUUCUGAUUGGGACGACUUGGAACAGGAAUCGUCAGAAAUAGGUCUCUCAACUCUUUUUCGCCCAGAAAGUACAACAAUACCAACCAGGCCAUCUCUGGAUCAGUUUUCUAACCUUAUUAAAACUAGCCUUCAUUAUCCUGAAACAUUUAAUCAUUCCUUUAAUCAGAAAAGCCUUUGCAUAGUUCCAGUUACUCUUCUACUUUCAAAUUGUUCUGAAGCUGAUGUUGAUGUGAUAAUUGAUCUGCGACAUAAAACAACAAGUCCAGAAGCCCUUGAAACCCAUGGUUCAUUUACAUGGCUUGGGCAAACACAAUACAAGCUUCAGCUAAAAGCCCACGAAUUAUCUAGCCUGCAGUUAAAGGCCUGCUUCGUUCAUACUGGAGUGUAUAAUCUUGGAACCCCACGAAUAUUUGCCAAGCUUUCAAAUCAGGUUACUUUAUUUGAAACAAGUCAACAGAAUUCAGUACCAGCCCUGAUUAUUAUCAACAGUAUUUGAUUUAUGGUUUGUUUUAAAAACAAAACAAAAAAACUACUGUUAUUUCUUUGAAAUUACAACCUUGGCGUAUAACCUGUUAAAAAGUUGUAGAUAAAAUUCCCACAUAAUAUGAUAACAUGCCUAUUUCUCUUUCAUAAUACCAGGCACAUUGGAUUUCAGUUUCUUUUUAGAAAAUGUUUCAUAAGUUAAAUGGAAAUAACCACAUAACUUUUAAGACUCCUCAUAACAAAAUUGGGAAAUCUUUGGACCUUUACUGCUGAGAAAAAUUUACAGCAUGUGUUAAUAUUUGUGGCUGCAUUAGAUGGCAAUUUAGGAAAAAGUUCCUUGUUGGCUUUUUUUGAUUAAGCCAUAGAUUGAUAAUUAUAUCAUGUUGUUUCUGUGAAGUUAGUAGGAUCCAAUUUUUUCCAGUCCAAUUUUUCUGUUUUUCAUUUUCACUUUUUAAAAAGGUGAAUUUGAGACUCCUCAUAUACUGAUAAAGCAAUUCUCAUUGCAAUUGCAUAUAUAACUCCACUUAAUAUUCUACAAUUUUGAAAGCAGUUUGAAUAUUUUCUCAUUCAUCUCAGUACAAAUGCACUGUUUCAAACAAAGAAAUGUUUUGUCAUUUAAGUUCAUUCACUUUAUUAUGUAACUAGAGCAAUUCAGUUGAUCUGUUUUUUUAAAAAGUUAAGCUUUUCAAGAAAUGUAUUAUAUUUAUAACAAAUGUGCUGUAAAUAAAAUAAAAUGUGCAUCAUAUUCA